GAAUUUGAGGAACAACGAGAUCAAGGAGCUCCCGUCAGGGAUAUUUUCAAAUCUCCUUGCCUUGCAAACACUGUAAGUAAACGAAGCACCAUUUCUUUGUUUAUUAUUUUAUAUGACUGAUCUCGAAGGAUCCGAAGACCUCUUUUGGCACCUGUGGGUUGGUUGGAGUGGUGGGGAGGGUAGUCAGCAGUCGAUUGAUUACCUAUGAUUUGACUUCGUUUUUCAGCUUUCUCUUUUUUAAUCUUAAACACCUGACAGCUCCUCUUCCGCGUCCUCAGCGGAAGCUGCUAAGGUUGCAACCAUAUGACCCCACCAAUCGUAACCCACCAGGCAAAGACAUUGAAGUAGUUGAUGCCCUGUCAAAAUUAUCAACAGAGAGUCAUGAACCCAUUCCCGAAAUGAACGUCCAAACUCAUGUGGUCUUCCCUCAGCUUGUAAUAAAAUGUUGCAAAAGAUCAAAGAACAGAGCAAAUUUGGAAGCGAAACUCGGUGCGUUAAAAGAAAUGAUCAGCGAAGGUUGGCUUACCCACAUCCAACAGCACCUAACACUCUUAAAGCCAAAC